AUGGGGAUCAUUUCCGGCGCAACAAUCAUUACCUCUCUCUCCCUCUUCCACAUCACUCUCGCAUUCUUUUUCAUCACCAAUCCGGCGACGGUUGCCGAGCAGUCGCUGGUCUUCAUCCUGGGUGAAUCGAUGGGAUUGCCCUACGAACGCUCCUUCGACCGCCAAUCCGCACCAAUAUCCUUUCUCGGAAUAGUUUUCCUCUUCCUCGGUAUCACAGAUCUAGUAGCUAUAUCCAUGCCGGAAGAAGUAUCCCAAUACCACUGGGGAACCCAAGCACCCAUUCGAUUUUCCUUCUCUGCGGCACUAGCACUGUAUUCCUGGCUUUUCUCGUCUGCCUCCCCUAUCUUUACAUCUCGCAACUCCUAUCAUGCCGGUGGUUGGGGUGAGGGUCUUAAGAAUCGCAUUGUUUUUGCAUGGGGAUUUAUUGAAAUGAUGGCUUGGUUCUGGGUUUUUGUUACUUUGAGAGAGGAGAGACAGCAGCUUGCUCUCAAACAAGCGCAAAAGAAGGCUGCGGAGGAAGAUAUGAUGUGA